GCGGUCCCUCUGCAGAGGGCUGCUUGCUCCAGGUGCGACCGUGGCUUCCCGGCUGCCUGGGCGCCUGGCCCCGCGAGCGCCCCCCGACCUCGGCAGCAGAGUCGGACAGGGACCCCGGCGUCUUCGGUUGAUCGUUAAAUAAAACAAAAAUCUACCCAGUAAAGGGCUUUCGUGAAGAAAUUAAAGAGAGAAAUUACAAUAGAGAAACUAGGCAUUUGUAUACUGGAGAAACCUCCUUAACAACUAUAUGGAGUAAGACGAAAAGAGUGGAUACACCUGGAAGAAAUUUUACUUAGUAUGAUGUUUUUGCCCACCUUUUUGUCAUAAAAGGCUGCUAAGGAAGAAGGAAUACAGUUUUCUGGAGAAAGAGAGUGUAAUGUAAAAAUGGAGACCACAGUUUCUGAAAUUCAAGUAGAAAGCAAGGAUGAGAAGAGACCAGCAGAAGUUAGUCCUCAGGAUAAGAGGCAGGAAGAAGAGGCAUCGAUGCUUUGCUUCAAGAGAAGAAAGAAACCAGCCAAAGCGGUGAAGCCCAGAGUCGGCUCUGACGCUGCUGGUGUGGCAAGGAAGUGUCCCCUAGAAGCAGGCGCUUCUGAUCAGCCACAACCCCAAGUGGGGGCCUGGGCCUCAAUCAAACGUCUUGUAACACGCAGGAAAAGGUCAGAUUCUUCAAAGCAGCAGAAGCUCUUUGAGGCUAAAGUGCAACCUGAAAUCAAUGCUGAAGAUGCUGAUCCUUCUAAGAAAAAGGCAAAAUCCAGACUUAAGAUUCCCUGCAUAAAAUUCUCCAAAGGGGAGAAAAGAAGUAAUCAUUCCAAAAUUAUUGAAGACUCAGACUGCAGCAUCAGAGUCCAGGGAGAAGCUGAAAGUUUGGAUACAAAAACUCUGACCCAAUCAGAUGACCAGGCCACAAAGACCAAGGUCACCCAGGAUGUAAGUGAAGAUGUCUCUCAGAAAGGGACUGAUGAGGUCUGUGAAUUCAAUGUGAGCAACAGCAUAAUUUCUCCUGGAGAGACAGUGAUUUCAGUAGAAGUUGGGUUAGAUAUGGGGCCUUCUGCUAUUCAAACAGGAACUCUAAUUCUUGAAAAAGAUAUUGAGAUGACUGAGGAAAAGCAAAGUGUUCAACCCCAGCAGGCAAGCCCACUUGAAAUUUCAGAAACAGAACACCUGCUACCAGUGGUUUCUGAUGUUUCGCCCUCACCUGCAAUCCCAGAUCAACAAAUUGUGGAAGAAGCCAGAAACAGUAUCCUAGAAAGUGGACCAGAUUGGAAAGACUAUGAAAGUAGAGAGAUUGUAGCUGAAGAGAGUAAGCCAAAAGACACUGAAUUGAGCCAGGAAUCAGGCUUUAAAGAAAAUGAGAUCAAUGCAGAGAAACCCAAACCAGAAGAAAGCAAAAGAAUGGAGCCAAUUGCUAUUAUUAUUACAGACACUGAAAUCAGUGAAUUUGAUGUUAAGAAAUCUAAAAAUGUCCCUAAGCAAUUCUUAAUGUCAAUGGAAAAUGAGCAAGUAGGAGUUUUUGCUAAUGACAGUGGUUUUGAAGGUAGAACUUCAGAACAAUAUGAAACACUUUUAAUAGAAACAGCCUCUUCUCUUGUCAAGAAUGCUAUCCAGUUGUCUAUAGAACAGCUCGUCAAUGAAAUGGCCUCUGAUGACAAGAAAAUAAACAACCUUCUACAGUGACUUAAUUUCCAGAUCAUGGGAGGGAAAAAAAAGCUUAAUGAUGAAUUAUUUUACAUGUUUGUGGCAUUUCUUACUCAGUAACAAAUGAGAGAUUUAUCAUCUGUGGAAUUUAAAGGUAUAAUUCCAGCCCAGAAGUGCUAAAGAAUUAAUCAAGUUAAUAAAACUCUCCCUAACACUGAAAUGCAGUCACUUCUGGGUUGGAGGAAGUCAGUACAGACUACGAUGCAAGGAGACACAGACGGAGCUGCUAAAAUCACCUGUGGUGAUUGAGAUGCUGGGAAGAAGAUGUAUUUAUGGAGCUCUUACAGUAUGCCAUAAGCUCUUUGAUAUCCUCUGACGUCACAAAGCCUGGUUUCCUUGUGAUAGUUCAACCCUCUGUAUUGGUUAACAUCCCAUUCAGUUUUCCAAAAACUUUUUUUUACAGUGCACUUUUAUGUUGUUUGAAACAGUGAAUAAGGUGAGCUAUUUUUGUGAAUGUGUGAUUCAGAGUUGUUACACUCCUAGGCAGUAGUCUCACCUCAAAAAAAUAUUGCAUUUUCCCAGUUUCAGCAGAAUAUGCAUAUUUGAAUUAAACAUGAGUGGUUUUCCGGUCUUUCUCAUGUCCCUUACAAAAGCCAUUCACAAAUUGCUUCAAACAGGCAAAUAAUUACCAAGUGCCAAGGUGUGGAAGCAGGGAGUGCAUUUUCCCUCUCCAUCUUUCUUCUGCCUCAAAGAGACCUGUAUAAAUCCGUUUCUGCAUGGGAUCAUCUGCUGAAAAGUUAGCAACAAAAACUAAAACAACAGCAAGAAGAAAAACAACAGGAGUGGAACAUUCUUUUCCAUCCAGGAGAAGGCAAACUCCCCAAGUAACAAAUAUUGCAGAUAACAGGAUUCAUCUGUCAGGAUGACUUCUCUAGAGCCAUACUCAUCAGCCUCUCAAAGAGAAGGGGAAAGGGAAUUCAAAGCCAGCCUGGCAGUAAAACUCCUAGGAAAUCACAAUAAUUUAGUGAAAAUGUUAUUCAUUCUUGACCUAGAAUGAGCCAAGUACACGGUUGAACAGAAAGUGAAAAGUUAUUGCCAAAGCACAUUAUACUUUAAAUGUCAAUAUUCUUUCAUUGUGCCUGUCUGUUGAGACACCAGUAAAAAACAUUUUACAUGGAGAUUGAAAAUUAACUUUUUCAUCCAUAUUUUAGUCCAGCUAAUCCCUUACAAAAUAGUGAACUUAAUAUAACAAUGAGAAGGGCUUAUUUGCAUUUUAUUUAGUUAUUUAAAUCAUCAAUCUCAUCAAUGAUUGCCUUUUUUUUGAAAAAGUCACUCUAUUUCAAUCGUUUCUUGUGUAAAAUGACCACACUACUACAACAAGCUCCCUGCCUCAGAGACUAGGGUUCAUGCUGUGCAGUCCCCCACUGUCUAAACUGAGUGACAGUGUUACUCGGAAAGUAGAUGACGUCAUGGAAAGCUUUCACUCGAGGUAUAAGGUGUUUGUUAAAAAGUAUUUGUACAUCCUUGGAGAAAAAAAUGUACCUUAGAUGAUUUUAAAUGAGCUGGUGACUUACUGCAUUAUUUGUGGAUUGCAUAUGGAAAGUACGUGCUAAUUUGUCCUAUAGAAUCUUGUUUCUUUCUGUAAGUACAUAUUGAGACCUCUGGCAGAAGAACCUUAUCUGAAUUUGGAAAUGAAGCAAAUAAUGGAUAUUAUGAGAAAGGUUCUUUGCUGAAGCGCAAAAGUAUUCCCCCAGCUUUUCCUACCUUCAUGCUUAUAAACUUUGGGGAGGGGGGCCCACUAAACGCCUCCAAUUUAGCAAGAUGAAAAGUGGAUCUUUCAAAACACAUGACCCAAGAAAUUCAUUUAAGAAAUUUUGAUUAUAUAACUUUUAAACUUUUUUUUAAAAAAAGACUGCUAAGUCAUCCUUCCUAAAAAUACUCUUUUUAAGUCACUCUAUGUGGUGCUAACAGACUUGGACAGCUACCAGCAAAUAUCAUACCAUAUUUAAAAAUGAACAAUUUUAAAAACCUGAUUAAAGUUGGUGCAUUUUACAGUGUUUUGAAGAAUCCUGCCUUUAUUUACUGCAAGGAUGGCUCAAGCCAAUAUACUUGCAUUUUAAGUUUUUAGUAAUCUCUCAUGCCUGAGCAAAAAGUACAGCUCUUAUCAGUUAUUGAAAAUAUUUUGAAAAGUUUAGGCAAUUUAUUUGGGAGUUUUAAAAAGAGAAACGAGGUAAAUACAUGUAAUGAAUUUUUUUGUUAAGAAAUAACAUUUUAUCUAACGAGACCUAGGUUUCUAUUUUUUUUCAUUGUAGUUUGAUAUAUAUUUUUGGUUAGAAUAUACUAUAACUGAUUUUUGUGAUGAAAUAUGUACUCUACUUGCAUUCAUUCUUAAAUGGUUGUUUUCUCCUCAGUCUUUUCCCCCCCGCCCCCCGGGGAAGAUUAGCCCUGAGCUAACAUCUGCCAAUCCUCCUCUUUUUGCUGAGGAAGACUGGCCGUGAGCUAACAUCCGUGCCCAUCUUCCUCUACUUUAUAUGUAGGACGCCCGCCACAGCAUGGCUUGAUGAGGGGUGCCAUGUCCGCACCCGGGAUCCGAACCGGCAAACCCCGGGCCGCCAAAUCAGAACGUGCCCACUUAACCGCUGCACCACUGGGCUGGCCUCUCUCCUCAAUCUUUUCUAUUGAGACUAUCUGGUGAAUUAAAUAAGGAUUCCAGUUUGAAAAAGGAAUCUGGAAUCUAACUGGUCAAAUGCUACUACAGUGAAUUCUAAAGUGACCCAAAUUGUUUUGUUAUAGAAAUAAUUAAGAAUCAGAUGACUUGGAGGUCUUCCAUAAAAUAUUUUUUAUUAUAAUGGCAUUUAUUUUACGCAAUUUGACCUUAUAUGCAAGACAUUAAAUGAAAUAGAUUCUUAUUCAAUUCACAUCUAUUUGACAAUAUGUAAAUGAUUGUUUAAAAGGCAAUUUAAUAACACUAUAUUAAUUUUCAUUUAAAUUUGCUGUGCUAUAAAUGCUGCUUUUAGUGAACAAUAAUUAGCUGGGAUUCACUUUCUCUUUGAACUCAGAAUUUUACAAGGCUGGUUGGUUUAUUAGAUGCUUUUUAAUUUUUUCAGCAUAUCAUCUUCCCCCUUUUAAAAGUCAAGUAUUAUUCACUGUGCUUUACAACACAGUGAAUAUGAAAAUCCUCCUCUAUUUCAUGGAGCACUAUUCACUUACAUUUUCUUAAAGUACUUUGUAGGAUAUAAAAAUAGUAGCCGAUAACAUUUGAGUAAAAGUAGCAGAAAACAAAAGAACUUUCAAACAGAAAUUAUGCUCUCUGCCACCUCCUCCACCUCAAAGAAUAAGAAGCAUGUGGCACAAAUGGAGUUCAGAAAAGCCGUCUGCAUAAUUUUCUUUCAAGGUAAUCUAUUUGACAGCAUGAAGUCUGUGAUGAUCUUAAUUGAUCUACCAUUGAGUGGAGCCUUAGAAACCCUCUGAUUUACUUCUGAGAGAUUAUGUUAUUUCACUAGUGUGUGUGAAUGGCCUUGCUGCUAGAGGCUUUGAGAGACGUGGGUCAGGAGAGGGUCCCAGUCAAAUCUGGCUGCCGCAUGCAAUCCAGUUAACUUCACCAGUAAAUUUCUAACUUCAAGUUGCCUUAUUUUUUAUAGUUAAGAAUUAAUUUUGGGGGGAUUUAAAGCACAAUUUUUAAAAUAAUUGUUAGGCUUUAGAAUCCCAUUGUUUGAAAAGAUUCUCUACUUAAAUAUGUAAAGUCUACUUUCUAAUUCCUGAUAUUCAAUAUUUCAGGGGUUGACUUUUCUGCCUGCCAUUUCUGCAUUUUUAAAAAUCUUCAUUUAAGGUUUAGAGUUCUUUAGGUUCAAAUUCCUAUGAUGUUUUAUUGUGUAACAUGAAGUUUCUUAUUAUACAGAAUUCAAAUUUUCAAUAUAUGGUACAUUUUAUGGUACACUUUUGAAAAUAAUUUUUUGUAAUGAUCCUUAUUUAGUUACAAAGAUUUAACAGAAGGAAGCUACAUAAAACUUAGAUGUCCUGAUUAAAUUCAACUUGAUUCAACAUGUGUUGGGUAUAACACAUGCCAAACACUGUUUGAUAAAGGGGACAGGCUCCCUGUCCUCUCAGAGCUCAACCUAGGGAGCAGCAGCAGUGUAACUGGGACGGGCUGAGGCCAAGAGCCACAGGUAAUGCAGCAUCGUGAGUGCCAGAGGGGGGAGAACAGAGAGAAAGGGAUAAACUCUGUCUGAUGUGGGGAAGUGGUCAUAUAAAUACAGGAGCAGUUUGAAAGCAUUCAGUCUCUCAGUAGUUAAACAGUGUAUUCAUUCUGACUUGUGAACAGGUGCAAAAAAAGACCUGCGUAAUGUUACAUAUUUAUAGUAGUUCUUUGUCUAUAAAAAUGUUAAGUGGAUGAGCUAUUAUGAAAGUAAAAGUUGCAUUUUGUAUUUCUCAUUUAAAUUAGUACUAUAUUAUUGUGGAUCAGAUGCUAAUAUUAAAGAAAUAAUACUCUGUAAAAAAAAGAUUUCAACCUGAAUUAAUACAUAUACUAUUAAUACAGAAUAAAUGUUGUAUUGGCUCAUGUUUA